AUGGCAAAAGAUAAAAAGGCCAAAAAGGCGGAGCAGAAAGCCCGGGCUGCCGCAAAGCAAUCAAAGAAAGCAUCUCAAAAGGAGAAGAAGGCUAAAGCCAAGGGCUUGAAUGAUGACAGCGAUGCAGAAGACGUUGACCUUGAUGCUGUUCUAGCUGCUUAUGCUGAAGAGCAGGCCAAGUUUCUAAAAGUCACUGAAGUUGCGAGCGGCACGCCAUCACCCCGCUCUUCUUCAACCAUCAUUGCUUCACCAUCAAAUCGAGGGGAGAUCUUCCUAUUUGGCGGAGAGUACUUUGAUGGGUCGCUGGCUACAUUCUACAACAAUUUAUAUGUAUAUCUAAUUGAGAAGAAUGAAUGGAGGGUUGUUACCAGCCCGAACAGUCCGCUUCCCAGGAGUGGACAUGCAUGGUGUCGUGGAGGGAACGCGGGAGGAAUAUACCUCUUUGGAGAGACCAAAAGUAAAGGCCCUCCAGCUCGAAGUGGACAUAGAAUGACAUAUUAUAAGAACUACAUCAUACUAUUUGGCGGUUUUCAGGAUACCUCGCAACAAACGAAGUACUUGCAAGAUGUUUGGCUCUAUGACUGCCAAAAAUUCACCUGGUACAACCCUGCAUUGCCACCGGCAACGCAAAAGCCUGAUGCCCGGUCGUCCUUUUCUUUUCUUCCACACGAGUCAGGCGCCGUGCUCUUUGGCGGAUACUCCCGUGUGAAAGCAGCAACCAAAGCGAACAAAGGACAAAAAGGUGGCGGCAGUAGUGCUCAACGCUCAGUGCUUAAACCAAUGAUCCACCAAGAUACCUGGUUUUUACGGGUAACCCCUCCUCCAUCGGAUGCACCAUCUACUGCUUCACCAACCAUUCGAUGGGAGAAAAGGAAACGGCCGGUCAAUGCCCCAAACCCCCCGCGUGCGGGUGUUACCAUGGCAUUCCAUAAAGGGCGAGGUAUCUUCUUCGGAGGCGUCCAUGAUGUUGAGGCAACAGAGGAAGGUAUAGAAAGCGAAUUCUUUGAUAACCUUUUUGCGUGGAAUAUUGAGAGAAACAGGUUCUUUCCUCUUCCUCUCCGAGCCCCGAAAUCAGGGAGUAAAAAACAGCAAGCUACUGAGAGAGCCAUAAAGUCACGCAAUAAGGGGAAAGCAGAUGAGGAAGAGUUACUUCGUAAUUUAGCACUGUUAGAGGCUAAGGCCAACCCAUCAAAAGCUGAAGCCGACUUGUUACCGGAAACAGAUGAGAAGGAUGAAGAUGUACCGGAAACCACGGGGAAGAAAUCACUACCUAUCCGGUUUGAGAUGCCGCAUCGCCGGUUUAACGCACAACUUACUGUCCAGGAAGAUACCCUGUUUAUGUACGGUGGCACUUUUGAAAGAGGAGAUCAAGAAUUCACACUUUGUGAUAUGUAUUCCAUCGACUUACUCAAGAUGGAUGGUGUGAGAGAAAUAUUCUAUGAAGAGCCUGAACACUGGAACGAUGCGAUUGUCCCAGAUAGUGAAGAUGAAGAAGAUGAAGAUGACGAUGAUGAUGACGAGGGUGAUGAAGAUGAGAACAUGGAAGAAACCUCAUCUAUUACUGCUCCUUCUACAGUUGCAACUGAAAUUACAGAGCCUACAUCCAUCGAGGCUGAGGCCGAGAAGGAAGAGGAACCAGAACCAACUGUAGUCGACUCUCGACCGCACCCACGACCAUUUGAGAGUUUGCGCGAGUUCUACAGCAGAAGUUCGACAGAAUGGCAAGACAUUGUUCUGGCAAAACUGAGGGAGAAAGAUAGUGGCGCCGAAAUGUCAGUCAAGGAACUUCGGAAGGUUGCGUUUGACUUUGCUGAAGAGAAAUGGUGGGAUUGCCGCGAGGAGAUUACCGCCCUCGAGGAUGAGCAAGCAGAGGCGGGAAUUGGUGAAGUGGUUAGUAUGGCUACUCGGGGUGAUUCAGGGCCGAGACGGAGAUGA